UUUAAAAAAGUAAAAGCAACAAUGGCAUUGGCUGAAAUUUGUAAAAUCUCCAAUGCUUCGUACAUGAAGCCCACUGCCUGGACUUCGGCCGAUGCAAAUGAAGACUUGAAGACAUUUUCAUGCAACUUGGCGAACCCCUACACAUUGGCUGCUCCGCCAUUCGAGAAUCCUAUGCUCAAUUUGAAUCAAAUUCAAGCAAAUUCUGGUAAAACCGGCAUCAAAAUAGAUUUCGAUCAUGGCACCACAACCCUUGGCUUCAAGUACCAAGGAGGCGUAAUUUUGGCUGUUGAUUCACGCGCCACUGGAGGCCAGUACAUUGGCUCGCAGACAAUGAAAAAGAUUGUGGAAAUCAACGACUUUCUACUGGGAACUUUGGCCGGUGGUGCUGCCGAUUGUGUUUACUGGGAUCGUGUCCUGUCCAAGGAAUGCCGCUUGCACGAGCUGCGCAACAAGGAACGCAUCUCGGUAGCCGCAGCCAGCAAGAUCAUGGCAAACAUUGCCCACGAGUACAAAGGAAUGGGUCUCAGCAUGGGCAUGAUGCUGGCUGGUUAUGAUAAGCGUGGUCCCGGCCUUUACUAUGUGGACUCUGAAGGUUCCCGCACGCCUGGAAAUCUAUUCUCCGUCGGCAGUGGCUCUUUGUUCGCUUAUGGUGUGCUCGACUCUGGUUACCGCUGGGACUUGCAGGAUAAGGAGGCGCAAGAUCUGGGCCAGCGUGCCAUUUACCAUGCCACCUUCAGAGAUGCUUACUCUGGUGGAAUCAUCCGAGUCUACCACAUGACCCCAACUGGAUGGAUCAAUGUUUCCAACACAGACUGCAUGGAGCUGCACUACAAGUUCAAGAGUGAGAAGGAGGCUCAAUAAAGAGAGUUUUGGAACUGUAGGAGAAUAUAAUCAUCCAGUCGAACGAAGUUUGUACACUAUUGGAAAAUAAUAAUAAAAACAAGCGGGAAUAAAUGUUUAAUAGGCUUUUCAUUGAA